ACAAUGUGUGUGCGCAGGUGUGUGUGUAUGUGUCACUGCCCUUUGCUCAGGUAGAGUGUCAGUGAAAAUAAAACUCAGCAGCUCCAUUUUGUGUUGGGGGAAAAUAAACCAUUUCAGGAGUAAAAACACAGUGAGUCUCUAAAUCUAAAGCUAUAAUAUAUAAACACACUGAAGUGACACUAGAUGCAGAAGAGUUUUGUGGGUUUGUACUGAAGGUUUAAUGUACACAGGUUGUUUUAGGACUUGAUACCGUGACUAUUUCCUGUAAGUGAACUCUGUGCUGAUACAGGGUUUGAUUUAACACACCGAUGUUGGAGUGAAGUAAACGUGUGUCCUGCUGUAAUCUGGAGAAGGAGACAUGACCUCCAACAUGAGUGUGUCUGGAAAACAGGACUUAAAGAAAGACGAGAGAAUGAUGGAGAGAAAGAGAUCAGACUCACCAGAACCCAGCUGUGUGUCCAUGAAGAGUGACCAGUCAAUGGAUCCUCCAAUUAAGUUCAGAGACAGAGACAGUUCUACUGAUGUGAGACCACAAAAGAAGAAAUCAAACAUCAGCAGAAAUCAGUUGGAGUCCAUAUUCAAGGAGCUGGAACACAAAGUCAUCACUCUGAUAAAGAAUGAGCUGAAGAGGUUUAGGAAGCUCCGGAGUCCAGAUUACCCAGCAUGCACUGAGAGGGAGGUGGAGGAUGAGGAGGAUCUGCACAGUGUCAGAGAGGGAGCGCUGAAGAUCACACUGCACGUCCUGAAGAACAUGAACCACACAGAUCUCGCUAACACACUGCACAACAAACUCACCUCUGUGUAUCAGCCAAAGUUCAAAUCCAACCUGAAAGAGAAGUUUAAAAGAAUUAAUGAAGGAAUUUCACAGCAUGGAAGCUCAGCACUUCUGAAUGAGAUCUACACAGAGCUCUACAUCACAGAGGGUUGGAGUGGAGCCGUCAAUAAUGAACAUGAGGUGAGACAGAUUGAGACAGCGUCCAGGAGACCAGCAACACAGGAGACACCCAUCAAAUGUAAUGACCUUUUUAAAGACAAGUCCGUCAGAACUGUGCUGACUAAAGGAGUUGCUGGAAUUGGAAAAACAGUCUCUGUGCAGAAGUUCAUUCUGGACUGGGCUGAAGGAAAAGCAAAUCAGGACGUCUUCUUCAUGUUUCCACUUCCCUUUAGAGAGCUGAAUUUUAUGAAGCAGAAAAAUCUCAGUCUGAUGAACCUUCUUCAUCACUUUUUCCCAGAAAUGAGAAAACUACAAUUAAUAGACUGCGACUCCUACAAAGUGGUGUUGAUCUUUGAUGGUCUGGAUGAGUGUCGACUUCCUCUAAAUUUCCAGAACAAUGAGAGAUUGUGUGAUGUGACAGAGUCAGCCUCAGUGGAUGUGCUGCUCACAAACCUUAUCAAGGGGAAUCUGCUUCCUUCUGCUCUCCUCUGGAUAACCUCUCGACCAGGAGCAGCCAGUCAGAUCCCUCCUGAGUGUGUAGACCAGGUAACAGAGGUACGAGGCUUCAGUGAUCCUCAGAAAGAGGAGUACUUCAGGAAGAGGAUCAGUGAUCAGAGCCUGGCCAGUAAAAUUAUCAGACACAUGAAGUCUUCAAGAAGCCUCUACAUCAUGUGCCACAUCCCAGUCUUCUGCUGGAUUUCAGCAACUGUUCUAGAGAGAAUGUUGGUUGAAGCAGAGAGUGGAGAGAUCCCCAAGACUCUGACUCAAAUGUUCACACACUUCCUGAUCUUUCAGAUCAAACACAAGGACCAAAAGUACCAUCAGAACUGUGACCCUGAUCCUCAGCACACCAGAGAGAGUAUCCUGGCACUGGGAAAACUGGCUUUCCAACAGCUGGAGAAAGGAAACCUGAUCUUCUAUGAGGAAGAUCUGAAAGAGUGUGGCAUUGAUGUCAGAGAAGUGUCAGUGUACUCAGGAGUGUGUACCCAAAUCUUCAGAGAGGAGUUUGGGCUUCACCUGGGGAAGGUGUUCAGCUUUGUACAUCUGAGUGUUCAGGAGUUUCUGGCUGCUUUAUAUGCAUUUCUCUCCUCCAUCAGCAGAAAUGUAACCAAUCAACAAACCACUGAUCUGUCUGAUCUUCUCAGAAAGUCAAACAUGUCUGAUUUCCUCAGGAGUGCUGUGGACAAGACUUUACAGAGUGAUAAUGGACACCUGGACCUCUUCCUCCGCUUCCUAAUGGGUCUCUCACUGGAGUCCAAUCAGACUCUCUUACGAGGCUUAAUGCCACAGACAGGAAGCAGCUCUCACAGCAAACAGGAAACAGUCAAGUACAUCAAGGAGAAGAUCAGGAAGAAUCCAUCUCCAGAGAAAUCCAUCAAUCUGUUUCACUGUCUGAAUGAACUGAAUGAUCAUUCUCUAGUGCAGGAAGUACAAACUUACCUGAACAGAGGAGGUUACAGGUGUCUCAGUGGAACCAGACUCUCUCCUGCUCAGUGGUCAGCUCUGGUGUUUGUGUUACUGAACUCAGAACAGGAGCUGGAUGAGUUUAAUUUGAGGAAAUAUGACCCUUCAGAGGAAGGUCUUCUGAGGCUGGUGCCAGUGGUCAAAGUCUCCACAAAAGCUGUUUUGUAUGGGUGUAAUCUGACAGAGGAAAGCUGUAGAGUUCUGUCCUCAGUUCUCAGCUCAAACUCCUCCAGUCUGAGAGAACUGGAUCUGUGUCACAAUAAACUGCAGGAUUCAGGAGUGAAGCUGCUCUCUGCUGGACUGGAGGAUCCACACUGCACACUGGAGAUACUGAGGCUGUGUGAGUGUAAUCUGACAGAGGAAAGCUGUAGAGUUCUGUCCUCAGUUCUCAGCUCAAACUCCUCCAGUCUGAGAGAACUGAACCUGAGUGAGAAUAAACUGCAGGAUUCAGGAGUGAAGCUGCUCUCUGCUGGACUGGAGAAUCCACACUGUACACUGGAGAUACUGAGGUGUAUAUAUACACACACACACACACACACACACACACACACACACACAGAGGUCAGAUUUUCACUUUAUCACCAAAUUUUACAUACAGAAAUGAGUGUAUGUUUUUAUGUAGCUGUAAAUUUUAAAAACUAUGCUUAUGAAUUGUAAUUAUAGCUGUUUAGAUCUUGUGUCUCUGCUCGAGGUGUAACACAAUGCUAUUAUCUGUAUCUGUUUAGUUCUCAAAAUAUUCAUAACUGUUUUUGUAUUUGGAUUUAGACCGGAACUGGGCAUGGUCUAUACCAGAGGGUUUUUUGCAUGAACCCUAUCACUAUGCCCUGAAAAACAGUGAAAAAAGUCAGAUCUGCUGAAAAUAGAAAACAUUUUUUUUUUUUACAAAUUAUAACACAUUUAUUUAUUUAUUUGGUUGGUUGGUUUGUUAUUAUUAUAUAAAUUUUAUUCAACUCCUGAACCAGACAUCCUGUGGAACUUUAUGGAAAGUUUUCUGUCUUCUAUCUAAUGUGACUGAGUAAAAAAGCUAACUGUUUUUCAAAACAACAAUGUCUUUCCAAAUCAAGAAACUGUUAUUUACUGGUGACAAUGACAGCCACCUAAUAAUAUUUGAUCAGAUUUAUUUUAGCCUUUGUGUUUGUUACAUUCCAGAAAGAUCAGAAAAAUUCACUGGACACACUAUCAGAAUCUGUUCUAAAGCUGGACCUGGUACUGGCUCCAUUAGAACAGAUAACAUCAGAGAAAUUGGCUUAUUGACCUCACUGUAAAGUACGACUAGUACUGGCAUGUUAUUAACUGGUAAUGUACAGUUCUAUAAUUGUCAAGUUAUAUUGGGAUUCUCAGCCUCAAUGUCAGCCCAAACUUGACAAAGGCUUUAUUCAACAAUGAAGGGCAUAUGGAAUAACUCAAAACAUCUGAUUCUUGAUUACUGAUGCAAUUUAUUUGAAGAUCCUUCAAACAAUAACUUGAUCAUCUUUGCAUAAAUUCAGUGGUUCAAUCAGAUCUGCUUAGCUUAAUAACCUAUACAGGAAGCACAA